UUAGGUGCAGCAACUACCGCACGCAGCAGCCAGGGAGCCAGGGCUCCGUCCUUCGCCAUGCUCAUCCUGAGAGCCAUCUCAAGCAGGACACAGCCCCGUGCAUCUUUUGCAUAUCUCUGACUACCAGCCUAGCAUGCCCCGAGGCGGGCCACUGGAUUUUUACAUGUCUAUUGGAAUGCAAUAAAGUUGAAACUAAAUUUGGUGUUCGCGUCGUUUCCUCAUUCAUCUGUUCGUCGUUGCGCCGCCUGGAGAUUCAUCACACAAAGCGAUGAAAGAGUCGGCCAGCUCAUGUCCUUUCAGGCCUGCUGACACUGUUGCCUUUAACAUGGCGAACUGCAGCAGUACGGGAACUGGGCGGCCCAAACGGAAAUCAAACAUUGUCAUCGAGAUCCCCCCUUGGCUCCCAACAAAGAAGCAGACGCACGCAGCUGCUCCAUUAGUGGCAGAAACCCAACAGAUCGCUAUCGAGUCAGAGGAUGAAGCACUACCUACAGAGCAAUUGUUGCCCGAGCAGGCGCAGGUCGAACAAGGGAGCGAUCCAUGGGACAUAUCUGAUGGUAGUUUCUCGGACAUAUCUUUAAACGACCUCAAUGACCCAGCUCCCAAGAAAUUACCACCUCCGCUCGUCAUGGACGGCCUUGCGACUCUGGUACCGGCACUAUUUAUGUCCAGUAGCCUCUACGGCCAUGACUCUGUAUUCAGCGAGCGCUCCUCGAUGCAGGCGCUACCAUCAUCAUCUAUAAGUGAAGAGGGCGCUAUAUGGGCAGAUAAUAUUGUCCGACAUGACGUGCGAACUGGACAGUAUCGGUAUGCUUAUCUGGAUCCAGAGGAACCGUCAAUUGAGCGGCAUCAGAUCAUCCUCGAGGAGGCCUACAAGGCAUACGAACACCAGAUCGACCAGUUAGAGGAUGAGGAUUACGAGUUCAUCGCGGCAGCCAUAGGGAUUACAGCAGCCAUAGCGAAGUCCUGGAUGUGGGAGCGGGCAUCAUAUAGCUCACAGCCUCAGAGCCUUAACAACAUUGAUAAACCACUGGCCACGGACCAUCUAUCGAUCAAGCGACGAUCCAUAGCACAAUCUGAUAGUCCUAAAAAAACUACAAAAGUGCUCGACAAGGAACACUCCAUAAUUACCACAACGGCUAAGCGGAUACAGAGGAGGGCAGUCGUCAGGACCAAGAUACCUUCCGAAAACCGAGCCCUGCAGUCAAACAGGUGCGAGCACUACGCGGAGAAUCAGCCACAACUCGAGCAAUGCAAUGCCUGCACCAACAGGCGAGCGUGCGCAUUUGUGAACUUUCGACUUUUUUAUAUCAGAUCGCAACAAGAUGUCCAUUCUUUUGACAAGUACAACUAUCGACAUGGUCCAGAUUUUUAUUCGGAUCCGGAUCCAGACACAGAGUUCCAGUUUAACAAGCGUGGACUCUUCUUUCCGACAUCGUCGUACAUACUGGCGUAUACGCAUACCCUUGCCAAACAUCUGUUGAAAAGCGAGAUCGACCAUGCGUUGGGAAUUUCGGGGGAUAGGGAUAACGAGAGCGAAAGCGGGAGUGAAAGGCAUUACUUCCGAAGACCUUUGACGGAUCGACAAUUCUGCGACGUUUGCAAGACGUCGAUGGCCAGUGGCCACUGGAUGUGCUGCAUCUGCGGUCAGGAUAUGUGCAUGGAUUGUUACGAAUCCUUCCUUGUGACAACCCAUUGCACCUAUAAGCGGAUGCAUGAGGCAAAGCAGUUUAUCCCGUGCGGCCGAUUUCAUCUCUCAACCUUGAGACAGAGCCUUGGCGCACUGGAAACGAGAGUGGAGCAGAUUCCGAAAGGUCUUCUUAACGCACCCAACAAGGCCGCGGAUGGGUCGAUCAACGCUUCAUUGAACAAGUACGAAGGCGAUGGCUUCAAACAUCGCGAACCUGUGAAGGCGGAUUCUGAGAGCUUUGGAAUAGACAGUUUUCGGGCAGCAUGGCUACGCGGAGGUGCGAUCGUCCUAUCAGGAGUACAUAAGAGGCUGAGGAGGGACUGGUCUCCGGCAUACCUCAAAAGGAUUCAUGGCAAAGCGACAGUGACGGCGGUAGAUAUUGCAACACGUGAGGCUCAAGUGAUGACCCUGCAGCAGUACCUUGACCAACACUUUACGGGCAAGACUCGACAGGGCGCUGAAACUGCCUGGAAAAUGAGCGGUUGGCCGCUUGAACCCUUUCAGGACGUGCUGAAAGAGCUCUUUCAUGAUCUCCUGCGGGCCCUACCUCUGCCUGAAUACACGCGACCACACGGAGCCUUUAACCUGGCGAGAUAUUUUCCAGUGGAUCAGGUUGGCUUGGACUUAAGCCCGAAGUUAUAUGCAUGCCAGGGUCUCGGGAUGGACCUUCAGGGUUGCAAGUCGAUCCCUAUGUCAUGCGAGAUAUCGGACUCGCUCUAUCUCUGUGUCUAUACACACGAUCCACACCAGCGGCCUAAGGUCGACGAUGAAGAUAUCGACGCCAGCGCCUCUACAUCAGCUGUAAUCUGGGACAUCUUCCGAGUGGAAGACCGACAUCUCGUACGAGAGUUCCUCCAUAGGACCUAUGCCUCAAGGCUUGGCUGCAACCUGUGGGACGGUUUUUCGGACCAGCGAUUUCAUAUGACGCCCUCGCAGCAACGCCAACUGUUCGAGGAGAAGGGCGUUCGAGCGUACCGUGUUAUACAAAGGUAUGGAGACGCUGUCAUGAUCCCGGCAGGAUGUCCCCGACAGGCACACUACAUCCAGGACUCGAUCUUGGUCGGACUCGACUUUGUAUCCCCGGAACGGAUAUCGCACACACUGCACCGGAGUGAGGAGCUGAGGGGUUUUAAUUUGGAGAAAAAGGCGAAGCGCGUGCCAGACGUGUUGAUGGCCAAGGAUAUCUUGUUUUACAGCACGCUGGCGAUGCUGUGAGGAGUAUCCGUUCACUUGGUCGGACUUUUUCCUUUGGUUUACAUCUAAUAAAUCAUCGGCAUAUUUAUUUAGCUAGGAUGCAAGUAAGUCUUGGUGCAGCAAUCCAAAAGGGG